AUGUUUACAGUUUACAGUUUUGUAGUUCUUGCACUCGUUUAUAUCACAGAAUGUAAAGAAGUGUAUAUACCUUCUUAUAUACAACCCUGCGAUCUGAAGGACUCAAAAUUUAGCGAAUGUGUCAAACAACAAAUAGAAAGUGCUUUAGAUAAGUUUACAAAGGGCAUCCCUGAAAUGGGCGUUCCCUCUAUAGACCCUGUUGAGUUGGAAAACAUAUAUAUAGAUGGAAGUGGAUUGAAUCUUUCAUUCACAGAACCAGCUAUGCAUGGACUUAGUAACAGUAAACUGACAGAUCUGCAAGUAGAAAUAGGUAAAACUGAAGAGACGUUCUCAUUGGCAUUCAAAGGCAAUAUGAGUUUAACUGCUAAAUAUGUUGUUGACGGAAGAAUUCUAAUCUUGCCAAUAACAGGCAAAGGGGACGCGAUUGUCGACGCACAGGGCGUUGAGGUGAAAAUAGAUAGCAAACUCGUCCACGUGAAAGACAGCGACGGAGGCCUUCACUUCAAGCUGGUCCACCCAAAAUACAAGUACACUAUUGACAGGACAAUUUUUGAUUUAAAGAACUUGUUUAAUGGAAAUAAGCAACUAGCCCAUACUACACUACAGUUCGCUAACGAGAACUGGCAGCAGUUGAUGGAUGAGCUGUCUCCACCCGCCAUCAAACAAAUCGUUCGCACUGUCGUUAAGGCCAUCAACAAGUUCUUCUCAAAAGUUCAAAUUAAAGAUAUAGUUUUAGGGUAUAAUGAGAGAGUACAAGAUUAA